AAGUGUGAGACAAAGGAUUUCUAUGAAAGUAUAAUGAGUUAUUAUAUGCUCUCAGCCAAAGGGCAGUGAUAAUUCCCACUCACUGUGUUUUUCUGUUGACUUGGCUUCUCGCCUGUGCCUUCACCCAAGGUCGGUUGAUCACUGGCCUCCGAGAAUGCUGACGUAACCUCAGGACUUGCUGCCCUGCAUUUCCCCCUCCUGGAACCUUGGUGUUCACGGUAACCACCAUUAUUAGGUUCUCUUAGCUUAGGUGCAGUUUUUGCAUACAAAAGAUUGCUAGAAUUGAAAAACAACCGAUGUGAAUGCCUUAAAGCAAAAGUUAACAACAUGGAAAGUACGAUCAGUGGCCUACAAAAGGAGCUAUCAGAAACAAAAGAAGUGAAGUCCCAGUUAGAGCAUCAAAUGGCAGAGUGGCAAGGAGAGCUCUGCAGCUUGAGAUCGUCCUUACAAAAAGAAGAAGAGGAAAGAAAAGAAACAGAUAUGUUAUAUGAAGACAUUACAGAGCGAUUAAGAGAAGAAGAAGAGGAACACAGGCAAGAUGUUGUAUUGAGAGACCAACUUGAACUCACUCUCAGAAUACUAGAACUGGAAGUGCAGACUGUGAGAAGUAAACCGACCCAGGUUUCUGAUAGUCACGAAAAAGCAACAAAUCUGUUACAUGAAAAUCUCAUGAUACAGGAUGAGAUUGCCACGUUAAAACGAGAAAUAGACACAAUAAAAAAUGAGAACCAGGAAAAGGAAAAGAAAUAUUUAGAGGACAUUGAAAUUGUAAAACAAAAGAAUGAUGAACUUCAAAAGGCAAUAAAACUUAAUGAGGAAAAAUUGACACAGACAUACAGUGGACAGCUUCAUGAUCUGACAGCUGAGAAUACAAGGCUGAAGUCUAAACUGAAGAAGGAAGAACAAAAGAAAGAAAGCCUGGAAACAGAUGUUGAGUUAUAUUGUUCCAAGCUGACUACUGCCAUGAGUGAUCAUGAGCAAAGUCAGACAGCAAAAAGAGACCUAGAACUCACCUUUCAGAGAGCAAGAGGUGAGUGGCUAUGCUUACAGGACAAAAUGAAUUUGGAGAUGUCUAACCUGAAAGAUCACAACAAGCUACUUUUGCAGCAAUUGUCUGAAACCCAACGUAAAUUCAGUAGCCUAGACAUUGAGAUGCAUCACACGAGAGAUGCUCUCAGAGAAAACUCUUUGCUGUUAGAGCAGGUACAGAGAGAACUGAGCCAAGCACAGUGUCAGAAGAAGGAAAGUGAAGACCCAUGUCUAUGUGAACACGGCAAAUUGAAGGAAUACAUGGGCAAGCAGGAGCGCUUGGAGGAGAGAUUAGCCCAACUAGAGAGUGUAAACCUGUUGCUGCAAGAACAGCUGGAUGAUGCAAAAAACAAAAUCGAGAGCAAAGAGAAGAUGGUAAUGGAUAGCCAAGAACGGUUUCAGGAUAUCCUGAAGACCUUUCAAGACCAAAGGGAAAAGGAAAGUCUGAUGCUGGAGGAAAGCCUUAAGAAGUUAACCAAUGAGCUUCAUCUUCUCAAGGAGAGGCUGUCUCAGGCUGAAAAUGUGAAAACACAGAGAGCCAAACAAUCAACAUCUCAAGAAACCUUAGUGAAGUUAUGGGAAAACAAAUCUGUUCCAAUGAAAAGUGAAAUGGAACUCAGACCUAGAGAUCUUGAAUCUGAACUCUCCACAGUGAAAACUUGUACAGACUAUGAUAAGGAAACAGAAUUGAAAAUGUAUAAGCAACUCUUCCUAGAAGAAGUAAAAGUUAGAAUGUCAUUGGACAAUAAACUAAACAAGUAAGUUAAAACCUAGAGUCAGAAGUUAAGGGGUUUUGAAGCUUUGCAAUUUA